AGACACCUCCAGCCAUGCUAUUGUGUGUCCUUUUGCCAACUGAGCUGCCUCUUUUUCUAGGUUAGUGGAAAGACUGAGACAUGCCCACCAAGAGGGACGGGUGGGUCCUUCUUUUGUGUUCAUUUUGAAAUUAUGUGAAAGUUAGCUCUUCCCAAACCUUAGCUGCCUUUUGUCCUACCUGCACAAGAUCCCAGUUCCUUCCUUCCCAUGAGCUGCCAGUAGAGGCUGCUAUAGUUCCAUGUGGGGAAUGAUGUGGUCAAGGAAUAUCCUUCUCAGUCAGACUUUUUCUUUACCUUAUAUUAAUUCUCCUCUCUGAAUAAUGUCUUAAAUUGUUGAGGAGAUUCUGGUCUUGGUUUUAAAAUUACUUGGAGGGCUGCUUAGGACUCUUAUUUCCCUCUGAAAUAAAGUUUCCUCAUCUUGCAAGUAGCUUUAUGGUUUCCAGUGAUCCCAUUGUUUCUGUAAAGAGUUUUAAGGUCUUAAACAAUGAAAGUACAUCUACUCUGUUCUCUUUCACAGAUUAGUACCAAUAGCUAGCAGUUUUUUGACUACCUACCCUGUGUUGGGUUGGUAAGCACUUGAUGUGCAUGAUCAUAUUUAAUCUUCAAGAAUCUAUUGGGUAGUUUUAUGCCUUCUGUAUGCCUUCUGUAUAGGUGAGGACUCAGAAUUUAAGUCUCUCCCCUAAGAUCACAUAGCUUAGGAAGCUGGAAUCUGAAUACAAAGGCCAGGCCCUCAACCUGUCCUCCUUUCUCACUGAUUAGAUAGAAGAAGCCUGAGGCUAAAUCAGGGGAUUGCCAUUAGGUCACAGGCAAAACUGAGUGCUUACUGCUGAAAGGGGCAGUAUAUCCUGGAGCUACUGGGGUAUAGUACAGUCUAGUGCCUGGCAGAAAGUUAAAAAAAAAAUGGUUUAAUUGCCUAUAUGUGUGAUAUGCAGAACUGAAUUAGGCACCAGAGAUUUGCUUUCUUCUCAGACCUAUUCUGGGUGGAAGGUGAAGUUUCAUAUCAUUAGCCCAGAUGCAUUUUCAACUGGUCUAAGUGAUGGGAAUCAGUGGUUGAUACUGACUGCUACUAGUAGGAGUUCAGGGACAAGGAAAAAGCCAAACCACAGGGCAGAAAAUUGGAACAAAAUUAUGCAAAUCAGGUUAGACAUUUCCUGUCCAACCCACAGGGUGGAGUUUUCUCCAUUCGUAUCCAUCCUACUGAAUAUAAACACUGACUUGAUGUCAGGAACUGGAAGGAGCUGCUAGCAGGAUUCUGAUUUUAGUUUUCAGCAUCUACCAUGAAGCUCAAGGUGGUUCUGGUAUUCCUGGUGCUGUCCCUUGUUACCAUCUUCACUCUGGCCUACAUCUUGUUGACCAGGCAAGGUGGUUCCAGCCAGCAUCCUCGCUGUCCCUCCGUAUAUCCCAGUGCCCAGCCCUGGACAUACCCUGCCCAGAGCCAGCUGUUUGCAGACCUGAGCCCAGAGGAGCUGACAGCUGUGAUGAGUUUUCUGGCCCAGAAGCUGGGGCCAGGGCUGGUGGAUGCAGCCCAGGCUCGCUCCUCAGACAACUGUGUCUUCUCAGUGGAGCUGCAGCUGCCCCCCAAGGCUGCAGCCUUGACCCACUUGGACAGAGGGGGCCCAUCACCUGCCCGAGAAGCGCUGGCCAUCAUCUUCUUUGGCGGACAACCCCAGCCCAAUGUGAGUGAACUGGUGGUGGGGCCACUGCCUCACCCCUCCUACAUGCGGGAUGUGACUGUGGAACGUCAUGGUGGUCCACUGCCCUAUCACCGACGUCCCAUGCUGAGAUCUGAAUUGGUACAGACAUGGAGGCAUUUGAAAGAGGUGGAACUACCCAAGGCACCUGUCUUCCUGGCUUCUGUCCUGAACUACAAUGGCUCCACUUUGGCACCUCUACAUUCCUCCCCUAGAGGUUUGCGCUCAGGGGACCGGGCUACCUGGAUUGCCCUCUAUCAUAAUGUCUCAGGUCUUGGUAUUUUCCUUCACCCUGUGGGGCUGGAAAUACUGUUGGAUCACAGUGCCCUGGACCCUGCCCGCUGGACUGUCCAGCAGGUCUUCUACCUUGGGCACUACUAUGCAGACUUGGGCCAAUUAGAAUGGGAGUUUAAAGCUGGCCGGCUAGAAGUGGUUAGAGUGCCUCUACCCACACCAAAUGGGUCUUCAUCCCUCAGGUCCCGAAUCACCCUGGGCCCUCUUCCCCCACUUCAUUUCUCACACCAGGGUUCUCAGUACAGUGUACAAGGGAACUUGGUGGUAUCCCCCCUCUGGACAUUGAGCUUUGGCCAUGGGGUGUUUAGUGGCAUAAGGAUUUUUGAUGUUCGAUUCAAGGGUGAGCGAGUGGCCUAUGAAGUCAGUGUCCAGGAGUGCCUGUCUGUCUACGGUGCUGACUCACCCAAGACAAUGAUGACCCGAUAUUUGGAUAGCAGCUAUGGACUUGGCCUUAACAGCCGAGGCUUAGUACGGGGUGUGGACUGCCCCUAUCAAGCCACAAUGGUGGACAUCCACAUAUUAGCAGGCAAAGGGACAGUCCAGCUGCUCCCAGGGGCAGUGUGUGUAUUUGAGGAGGUUCAGGGACUACCUCUUCGAAGGCACCACAAUUACAUUGAGAGUCAUUUCUAUGGUGGUUUGGCCAGCUCAGCCCUUGUGGUCAGGUCUGUGUCAUCUGUGGGUAACUAUGACUACAUUUGGGACUUUGUGUUGCACCCAAAUGGGGCGCUUGAAGGGCGGGUCCAUGCCACAGGCUAUGUCAACACAGCUUUCCUGAGUGGAGGAGCAGAGAGCCUCCUCUUUGGUAAUCGAGUAGGGGAACGGGUGCUGGGGGCGGUGCACACGCACGCCUUCCACUUCAAGCUGGACCUGGAUGUGGCAGGGCUGAAAAACUGGGUGGUAGCAGAAGACGUGGUGUUUAAACCUGUUGCAGUCCCCUGGAGCCCAGAGCACCAGCUGCAGCGCCCACAGCUGACACGGCAGGUCCUGAGAAGGGAGGAUUUGGCAGCAUUUUCCUGGGGAAGCCCCCUUCCCCGCUACCUUUACCUGGCCAGCAACCAGACUAAUGCCUGGGGUCAUCAGCGUGGAUACCGAAUCCAGAUCCACAGCCCCCCUGGCAUACACAUGCCCCUGGAGAGCAGCAUGGAGAGGGCCCUCAGCUGGGGGAGAUACCAGCUUGUGGUGACCCAGAGGAAGGAGAAGGAAUCACAGAGCAGCAGCAUCUAUUUCCAGUCUGACAUCUGGACACCCUCAAUUGUCUUCGCUGACUUCAUCAACAACGAAACCCUCUUAGGAGAGGAUCUGGUGGCUUGGGUUACAGCCAGCUUCCUGCACAUUCCCCAUGCUGAGGAUGUCCCCAAUACGGUGACUUUGGGGAACAGAGUUGGCUUCUUGCUCCAACCUCAUAACUUCUUUGAUGAAGACCCCUCCAUCUUCUCCCCUGGCAGUGUCUACUUUGAGAGGGGCCAGGAUGCUGGGCUCUGCAGUAUCAACCCUGUAGCCUGCACCCCCAACUUGGCAGCCUGUGUCCCAGACCUUCCCCUUUUUUCUUAUCAAGGUUUCUAGAUCUGAGAGUAGGGGGAAACAGGGGGUAGGGGUAGGGAGCAGCAUCUGAUGAGAGACACUUGCCUUCUCCAUUCCCCCUUCAGUUCCCUGUGUUUUUAUCACAUUGCUCCUCAGACUCUUUACCCUCCGUACUCCUUAGGGAAUAUCCUCCUCCCAAGCUAUAAAAUCUCCAUGUGUCACUUUGGUUAAUUCUUACUGUCUGCUCAUUUUGUAAAUGACAAAUUUAUAAAAACAAUUUUGAAAUAUUCAAGCAAAAACACCACAAAUCCCACCACUCAGAAUUAGCUGAUGUUUGCAUCAUA